CCACACUGUAAUCUUUGUACGAAAAUCAUUGUCGUCUGUGACGAAAAUCGUCGAAUUUUAAUUAAAUCGUAGAAAAUUAGAAAUUAGGAAACACAUUACUAAAAACAGAAAGCCGAAAAGUAUCUCGUAGUUUAGUAAAGCUAAAAUCACGUUGCUAUUUAUCUCGUGAAACGUGAAGUGUUGCAUGAAUUUUGUGGUAAUUAAAUUAUAGAAUAAUAUUAACUGAUCUUAGGUGUUUCCUUUUAACGGUGGAGACUGGAGUAGUUUAUAGUGAGCUCAAAAAGCAGUAUCAGUUGAGGACUACUUGUAUUUAUUGUAUUCGUGACGAAGAACGACACACCAACGAUGCGGUGCUGCGUGCCUUUCUGCAAAAAUACUUCAGAUAAUGUGUCGACAUCUGAGAGAAACGGAAUUACCUUUCAUGCCUUACCCAGUGAAGGCAAUCUCCGUACUGCUUGGCUCAGAGCCCUCGGCACACAAGACCAUCACCUGCCCGACCCUGCUGUGGUCUGCUCCCAGCACUUUCUGGAGGACGACUUUUGUACAACAGAGCGUUGUGUGAGACAGAUUAAUUCUCAUGCUAUUCCUUCAACAGUGCAGAUGUGCAUGAUAUGCCUGGACUCUGACAGCAAGCUGUUUCUAAUGAGUAAACACAAGUUGGAGGAGGCAUAUCAACAGCUGACUGGACUGUCUUUGUUUCAGCUGUGUGGUGGAACAAACCUGAAGCAAACGCUCUGUGUGCUGUGUGCUCAGAGAUUGAUUAACUUCAGCAGAUUUAGAGACUUGUGCUUGAGAGCCCAUUCACUGAUGACAGACUUACUUGAACAAGAUGAAUUUAUUACUAUACAACAUAAGGAAUUGAUGAACUGCGCAACAAAACAUCUGCGGUGUAACUUAACGCGGACAACAUUACGAGCUGACUGCUGUGACUUGUACAUAGAUCACACUGAUGAAGAGGCACAGACAGCAGCAGAGGAAUCUGUGGUGGGAGAUGUUGCAACACUUGUGAAGCGUGAAGACAGUUCUGACUCCAUGUCAAAUGCUGAUAACUCAGAAUUGGUACAUGAAGAUGACACUCAGAGAGACAAUUCCAACAAUGAGUGUGUAUCUGAAGAUAAAUAUUCUGGCAUGAGCAUAAAGUUGGAACCAAUGCUAGUGGUUGAAGCUAUAUGUGAAGCUCCAGUGUUCUGCUCCACAGUCACAGAACGUGUGGCCAAGACAGAGAGUACAGUAGUUUACAUAAAAAGUGAAAGUACCGUCUUCGGGUGCACAUUAUGUUAUGAAGACUUUGUGCAAGAAGAUGCAUACAAUGAACAUAUGAACAUGCAUCUCCAGAACGGCGCAUGUGAUGCAUCACAAGUGUGCGAGCCUCGUGCAGCUGUGAGCCGCAGCGGUGACUCACUCGUGCUGCAGAACAAGACAGGAAGUCAGAGGCUGAAUGAUACACCUCCCGCAGCUGCAGGCUGCGCUCAGGCGACAGUCGCUCCACUGUCCGCGAGACUUGCGGCAAACGACUACAAAGUGCAGGCAACUGAAGAAGCAGCUGCGACCUGGAAAAGUGAACAAAUCCUUGAGACUGACAUUGGCGAAGAAAACCAGUUGUCUCAAAGCAACACCAAAAUAAGUGCUAAGCCUUACUCUUGUGACACAUGCAAUUAUAAAACUGGAAACAAAUGUCAUUUAUUAACACAUAAAAGAAAACACACUGGUGAGAAACCUUACUGUUGUGAGAUUUGCAAUUGUAAAUUUGCACGGGACCAGGAAUUAAAACGACAUAGAAUAAUCCACACUGGCGAGAAGCCUUAUGCCUGUGAGACAUGCAGUUAUACAACUACAGAUAAAAGUAAUUUAUUAACACACAAGAGAACCCACACUGGCGAAAUGCUUUAUUGUUGUGAGACAUGCGAUUAUAAAUUUGCACGGGAAUGUGAUUUAAAAAGGCAUGAAAGAACCCACACUGGUGAGAAGCCUUAUUCUUGUGACACAUGCAACUUUAAAACUGCGCAGAAAAGUUACUUAAUUAAACAUAAAAGAUCCCACACUGGUGAAAAGCCUUAUUCUUGUGACUCAUGCAACUUUAAAACUGCGCAGAAAAGUUACUUAAUUAAACAUAAAAGAUCCCACACUGGUGAAAAGCCUUAUGCCUGUGAGAUAUGCAAUUACAAAACUCCAUGGAAAAGUUAUUUAUUAAUACACAAAAGAAACCACGCUGGUGAUAAGCCUUAUUCUUGUGAUAUGUGCAAUUAUAAAACUGCAGAAAAAGGUCAAUUAAUAUGUCACAUGAAAACUCAUACUGGUGAAAAACCUUAUUCUUGUGAUAUAUGCAAGUAUAAAUGUCUACGGAAACGUGAUUUAGAAAGGCAUAAAAGAACCCACACUGGUCCGAGGCCUUACUCUUGUGAAAUGUGCAAUUAUAAAACUGGAAACCAAUCUAAUUUAUUAACACAUAAAAUAAAACACACUCGUGAGAAGCCUUACUGUUGUGAGAUAUGCGAUUGUAAAUUUGCACGGGACCAGGAUUUAAAACGGCAUACAAGGACCCACACUGGUGAGAAGCCUUAUUCUUGUGAGACAUGCAGUUAUAAAACUGCAAACAAAAGUGAUUUAAAAAGACAUAAAAGAACCCACACUGGUGAAAACCCUUUAUCGUGAGAGAGAAGCAAUGCUGUGAAUGUUACUGAUGUUGUAUAAAACAAUGUAUGUCAUAAUUUUUUACCAAAAAAAAUGGAACUGACUUCAAAGAUCUAUUUCAGUUAUUUUGAUUUUAACUAAACCAAUAUUCAUGAAAAUGAAAUGGGACCAAUCUGGAAGUACUUUAAACAGAGUUUAAAAGUACUUCCAGAUUGGUCCCAUGGUGAUGGUGGUGGUGAUUGGUGUUUUGAUUAUUAUUCCACAUGAAUGUGUUGAUUAGUCUUCAUUUAAUACUAUGUAUAAUUUUUUUUAAAGAAUAUUUGCCAUAUCUUUUAUUAUAUGACCAAUAUUCCCAUUCCCCUCCAACUAGUCGACAGAGACUGCUAGGAGUGGGUACGACAAUAGACCAAUGGGGCGGGGAUCGAACCACCACCCCUCAGUGAUGAGUCUGACCGCUUCACCGUUGAGCUAUUGAGGCUUUUUAUUAUAAAUAGUGUUGGAGUUUUCUUGCCUUUUUUUCUCAGCAGUUAGUAAGUUAUGAACGGGCUCAGUAAAAGAAAGUAUAACAAUGGAUAAAUAAAGAUCAUUUUAAUUUUAA